UCUCUCUCUCUCUCUCUCUCUCUCUCUCUCUUCUCAUCAACAGUUCAAAUCCAAAAGCCACCACCACAUUGGCUUUUUUUUUUUUUCGCCUUUUGCUUUCUGUGCUUCCUAUGCAAUUGUCUACAUCUGCUAUUUCUGCUCCCUCUUCUCAGUACCUGCAAAUGGGAGAGGAAUCAUUCUUUGAAUUUCUGUGCUUUCUUGUUAUUAUUUGAUACCCUUUUCUUUCUUUCUUUCUUUCUCCAUCUUUUAGCUUUGUGUGUGAAUGCUUUCUAAACAUGACCUUCUUGUUGCUUUCUAUUCAUCUUCUUGCGCUACUCUCCUGUAUUUAGCUUUAUGGGUACCCUUCAAAAAUAUGAGUUUUCUUGCCAUGAUUUGACCUCAUUUCCAAUUUUCUAUGGUUUUCUCUUAGCUUUGUGUGUACUCUUCUUUUCCACUUGAUUACUCUCCGACCCUACUUUUUUUUUUUUUUAAAAAAAAAAGAAAAAUUCCAGAUAUUUUUGCCUUUUUGGGGUUGGUUAUGUUGUUGUACUGGUAAUUUCGAAGCCCAAUACUAAGAUAAACAACACUGGGUUGGUUUUCAUGGAAAUUGAUCUGAACCAUGCAGUGACUGAGGUGGAGAAGAAUGCAUUUUGUACCAAUGGGGAUUCUUCCUCUUCUUCAUGCUCUUCUAAUUCAUCUCCAUCUCCUGCAUCCUCUUCAAUUUACUUGGAGCUUUGGCAUGCUUGUGCUGGCCCUCUCACUUCACUGCCCAAGAAAGGGAAUGUGGUGGUCUACUUCCCUCAAGGCCACCUGGAACAGGUCGCCUAUUCUGCUCCUUUCUCUCCUGUGGAAAUGCCCACCUUUAAUCUGCACCCACAAAUCUUUUGCAAAGUUGUAAAUGUGCAACUCCUUGCUAACAAGGAGAAUGAUGAGGUCUACACUCAGCUUGCUUUGCUUCCUCAACCAGAGUUGGUAGGACAGAAGUUAGAAGGCAAAGAACUUGAAGAUUUAGGAGUGGAUGAAGAAGGUGGAGCUGGAUUACCAGCAAAAUCAACCCCUCAUAUGUUUUGCAAAACACUCACUGCUUCUGAUACUAGCACCCAUGGAGGGUUCUCUGUUCCCCGGAGAGCUGCCGAAGAUUGUUUCCCUCCUCUGGAUUACAAACAGCAGAGGCCCUCUCAAGAGCUUGUGGCCAAAGACCUGCAUGGAGUAGAGUGGAGAUUUCGGCAUAUAUAUAGAGGUCAACCAAGAAGGCAUCUGCUUACUACUGGAUGGAGUAUUUUUGUGAGUCAAAAGAAUCUUGUUUCAGGGGAUGCUGUGCUAUUUCUGAGAGGUGAAAAUGGAGAGCUCAGAUUGGGUAUUAGAAGAGCGGCUCGACCAAGAAACGUUCUCCCUGAUUCAGUUAUUGGCAAGCAGAAUUCAUAUCCCAGUGUUCUUUCUCCAGUGGCUAAUGCGAUAUCCACCAACAGCAUGUUUAAUGUUUUGUACAGUCCAAGGGCCAGUCAUGCAGAGUUUGUUGUACCCUAUAAAAAAUACAUGAAAAGCAUCAUGAACCCUGUGUGCAUUGGGACAAGAUUCAAGAUGAGAUUUGAAAUGGAUGAUUCUCCAGAAAGAAGAUGCAGUGGUGUAGUUACUGGAAAAAGUGACUUAGAUCCUUAUAGGUGGCCUAACUCAAAAUGGAGGUGCUUAAUGGUGAGGUGGGAUGAAGAUAUUGGCAGUGAUCAUCAAGAACGAGUUUCUCCAUGGGAGAUUGAUCCUUCUGUUUCACUUCCACCCUUGAGCAUUCAAUCUUCCCCAAGGCUGAAGAAACUGCGGACUGGGCUGCCAGCAAUGCCCCCUGAUAACCCCAUAACUGGAGGGGGUGAGUUUUUAGACUUUGAGGAGUCUGGAAGAUCCUCUAAGGUCUUGCAAGGUCAAGAAAAUGUAGGUUUUGUGUCACCCUUGUAUCGAGGUGACACAUUAAACCGCUCACCAGAUUUUGAGAUGCAAAAUUUAGCACAUCAAAAUCUUGUGUCAAUUGGAAGAGAAAAGGCUAAUAUUGGCGAGAUAACAAGGGCUCGCUCAACCACUUACACAGGCUUUGCGGAAUCCGAUAGGUUUCCGAAGGUCUUGCAAGGUCAAGAAAUAUGCCAACUGAGAUCACUGACUGGAAAAAGUGAUUUCAACCUAGGCGCUUGGGGCAAACCCAAUCUUGGAUUUGGUCCUUUCAACAUAUAUCAAGCACCAAGAGCCAAUUUCUAUCCACUAGCAGCAGAAAGCCUGCAAAAUAUGUAUUUUCAUUAUGGUGAUAUAUAUAAAACUGGCCAAGAUCCUAGAAUGCGCUCUUAUGCUACUAACUUCCCAAGAGAAAAUUUCCAAUUUGGUGCAUCUUCUAUGCUGACUGCUAGAGAUGAAGUUGGAAAAUCAAACCAAUCACAUGAGCACAAGCCACAGGAAACAAUUUCUGCUACACCAGCUUUAGGUGUAAAUCUAAUAAAUCAGGAGGAUAACUCUUUUAACGGGACUUCUAGUGGCUGCAAGCUGUUUGGGUUCUCAUUGACUGCUGAAUCAGCUAUUCCAAAUUCACAGAACUCUGGUAAGCGGAGUUGUACAAAGGUUCAUAAGCAAGGCAGCUUGGUUGGAAGAGCUAUUGAUCUCGCAAGACUGAAUAGCUACAGUGACCUGUUGGUUGAACUAGAGCGACUAUUUAGUAUGGAAGGCCUUCUACGAAAUCCUAACAAAGGAUGGCAGAUCUUGUAUACUGACAGCGAGAAUGAUGUAAUGGUUGUUGGUGAUGACCCAUGGCAUGAGUUCUGUAAUGUGGUAUCCAAGAUCCAUAUAUAUACCCAAGAAGAAGUGGAGAAGAUGACCAUUGGAGUCAUCGGUGAUGAUACUCAAAGCUGUUUGGAUCAAGCUCAUGCUGUAAUGGAGGCAUCAAAGUCUUCAUCAGUAGGUCAGCCAGAUUUUUCUCCCCAGUAAUAAGUGUUUGCAAUUCAUACAUGGUGGUAAGUACUGCGCUUGUGCAACUUGCCAUAAAAACACGAACCUUGUUAUGUAUCUCAUAUCAUUUGAAUUCCAAGUUCAUUGCUUGUCUUUAUCAAUGGAACAAAUUGAUGCUAAGAAGCUACUGUUCCUUCUGUGGCAUUAAUAAUGAAAACUGAAGUGUGUUGAACUGUUUUAGGUUACUUCUUUCUUCUUGUCAACUGUAUGUAUCACCAUAGAAAUGUAGUACUGUUCUUCAA